AAUAUCUUUUAAAAGACCAGAUGGAUGUAACAUGGUUGUGGAGCUUUGCCGGCUACUUAUCACCAUCUUUAGCAAUCUCCAACUGGAUAUAAUAUCCCCCCAACUUGUACCCAUCAUUUUUGUGGGCCCUUUUUUCUUUUAGUCUUUCUGUAGACAGAUCGUCCAACACCCCCACCACACUCCCCCUCUUGCAUUACCGCGAAUUUAAACCCGACCCGAACACGGCAUUUACCACUAGCUAAUAGCUAUACCCCUCAUGUGCUCCAACUCACAUGACCCCCCCUUCAUUUAUCAUUCUUAUUUAAGUCUCAUUGAUUCUCCUCUCCCAUUCAAAAAAAAAAGAUCACAAAUAUAAGCUAGAAUACCAAAAGAAAAAGUACUAAAAGAAGCAAGAAGUUUUUGAAUUGAAGUUCAAAUGGCUUUGGAAGUUGCCUUAGAAGAUGAUCUUUUCUUUGCUGAUUUAAAUAGGCAAAUCUCUCUUUUGAUAGAUGACGACAACAAUGAUAACGAUCAUUAUCCGGUUGCCCAUCUUCAUUCGAUUUCUCAUCAGGAAUAUUUAGGAUCAAUGAUUCAUCAUCCACCAAUAAUGCCCUCACAAUACUUGUACCAACAAAAUUGUAGGAGAGAAAUUAUGAGCAAGGGAACUGGUGUAUUUAUCCCACAAUCAUCUCAGCCAAGGAGGAAAUCUAAACAAACAAAGCGUUCAUCACAAUCGUACACCACAAAAUCGAACAACAACAACAAACAACAGCUUAAUUCCAACAGAAGGGUGGGAAAUAUGAUUGCUCAUACUAAUCUAUCUCCACCGCCUUGUUAUGCUACUAAUUAGGUCAAUAGGUAUUAACCAAGUUUACUAAUUAUGGCUUGGAAUUUGUAGUAACUACUAGAUUAUGCUAAUUAAUUUAAUGGAUAGCUAUUAAUUAUUAUUUUAUAUGAUUAAGGAUUGAAAAUCAAUAAUUAAUUAUAUAUUGAGUAUUCUUUUUAGAUGAUAUAGCUAAGAAUAGUGUUAAGGGGCAAGGCAGGGCAAAGAGCCAAGGAGUAUGAGAUUUGGUAUAUUCAAAAUAAAAAUAAUACCAGCUACUUUAUUUAAUUAGUAGCCUUAGCUUGAUUUUUGUAACAUUUAUUGGAGGUCUUAGUAAUAAAGACUCUAAGACCUAUUUUGCAAUAUUGUAAGCAAUUUUUCUUGCUCUA